AUGACACUGAGCAGAGAGGGGGCAUCCCAGGGUCUAAGGGAUUGGCCCCAAGUUGGACAAGUUUCUCUGCUACCGGUUGAAGGUCCAUCUCCCAGGCGAGCAGCACCGGAGGGGAAAACCAGUAGGACGGAGAGGGAGACCAUAAUCCACGAGGUCACAAAUGGAGUGUGCGUGUUAAAUGAAGAACCUGAACCUGAACCUGAAGGACCUGAGGGGUCUGGUGUAUGUGUCUUAGAAGUUCAAUCUGAACAAAAUCUGAUGACUUCCAACAAACCCAUUAGAUGUGCGAAGAUAAGGGCUCUGGAGAUAAUUUCAGAUGUAAGUGCUCAAAUAAGUCAGUCUAUGGUGGAAGAAAAUGUAAAUUAUUUUGAGCAAAGAAGAAUGUCAGAAGACAGCCAGGCUCGUGCCAUUCGCCUUGAGGAACAGCGACAAAGAGACACCAACCGCAGGGCUGCCGAGGAGGAGGACAAGCGAGCACGACGCCUCGAAGAACAGCGGCAAAGAGACAUCAACCGCAGGGCUGCCGAGGAGGAGGACAAGCGAGCACGACGCCUCGAAGAACAGCGGCAAAGAGACAUCAACCGCAGGGCUGCCGAGGAGGAGGACAAGCGAGCACGACGCCUCGAAGAACAGCGGCAAAGAGACGUCAACCGCAGGGCUGCAGAGGAGGAGGAGAAGCGAGCACGACGAAUUGAAGAACAGCGGCAGAGAGACGUCAACCGCAGGGCUGCCGAGGAGGAGGAGAAGCGAUCACGACGCCUGGAAGAACAGCGACAAAGAGACAUCAACCGCAGGGCUGCGGAGGAGGAGGAGAAGCGAGCACGACGGCUGGAAGAACAGCGACAAAGAGACGUCAACCGCAGGGCUGCCGAGGAGGAAGACAAGCGAGCACGACGCCUGGAAGAACUCCGACAAGCAGCCGCUAUCCGCAGAGCCGCUGAGGACGAUGACGAGCGUGUUCGACGUCUUGAAGAACAGAGGCAAAUAGAUGCCAACCGCAGGGAUGCUGAAGAGGUAGACGAGCGUGCUCAACGCCUUCUAGAACAGCGUCGUCGUACAGCUGAAAUACGACAGAAUUCUGAGCGUAAUCGACUUCAAUCCUAUAAAGCCGCUGCCUCAAGCCUCGUAGAGUACAGCAAUUUGGGAAUGUUUGACAUUGCAUGUGUUCAUUGUGGUGCUGUUCAUUUUUUGAAAGAGAGAGUGCAGAACAGAAUUCACCCUAAUUCGUUUGGUGACUGUUGCCUUCAUGGUCGCAUUGAACAAUCUGCACCAGAGUUUCCCAAUGAAUUGGCAUUGCUGUACACGAAACAACACAGACUAGCCAAACAGUUCCACGAUAAAAUUCGAAAUAUUUCUGCCUGUUUUGCUUUUUCUUCAUUCAAUGUUGCUGAUGACAGGACUUUCAAUAGUAAAGGUAUUUAUACAUUUACUGCUGGUGGACAAGUGUAUCACAAGUUAAAUUUGGCGGCUCAGCCAGUCAGCAACAGUGAGGGUGAUUUGGAAAGACCUAGAUAUGGACAAAUGUACUUCAUUGAUCCAGAAACAGCCGUUGCAGAACGUAUGAAUGAACCAAUGAAUCAAGGCAUCAAUCAAGAACUAAUACAGAUUUUAGAGGAGAUAAUGAGAAGUCAAAACCCAUUUUCACAGGCUUUUACGAUGAUGAGGGAGAUAGUUGAGGAAAACAAUCAGCGUGCUGAAGCUCUUGGUGUCCAACCACCCCACGUCCACCUGGUGUUUGCUGAACGUGCAGGCGAUGAUCCCAGGCGAUUCAACUCAACAACUUAUAAUGAAGUUGCUGCUGUAAUUACAUUAAAUGCAGACCAAAGUAUCCCGGAAAAUGAGAUGGUUAUUAAGGAGCGAGGAAAACAGUUAAUAACGCUCAAGAACAUUGACAGCCGAGUAGAACCAUUCACCUACCCUCUCCUCUACCCAAAAGGAACUUUUGGGUUUACUGUAGGGCUUCCUCUUAAAACGCCUUAUGCAAGCCGUGCACACAUGACGAGGAUGGAGUUGGCUCAAUACAGGUUAGCCUUUCGUCCAGAACAAGCCAAGGCUCUUCCUCCUGAACCAUUGCUAGAGGGAUUAGAUCUAAGGUCGAUUGGAUUUAAUGCUCUCCACUUUGGUGGUAGACUGUUUCAACAGUACGUCGUGGACACAUACAUCCGUGUUGAACGUGAUCGUAUUCAGUGGAUCAAAUAUAACCAAAAGAAACUUCAAGCUGAUCAGUAUGCAGGAGUAACACAUUUUCUAAAUGAAUUGGCUGAAAAGAAAAAUGCUACAGUUGCUGAAAAACUGAUUUUACCAUCAUCUUUUCCCGGAUCAACGAGAUAUUUCACUGAACACUUUGAAGACGCUAUGGCAAUUGUCCGAAGGUUUGGCUCUCCAGACUUUUUUUAUCACAAUAACGUGCAGUCCAACAUGGCCAGAAUUAAAAGAAGCUGCAUGUAUUGA